UGAAACACCGCCUUCCAGGUGAGGUAAGCAGCUCUAGGAGAUAAUGUUGGUGUCCAAUCUGGCAACCCUGCACAAGUUGCACUCCACCAGCGCGCAGACAGCACGGCGCACUUUUCCGCCGCAGCAGUGUCACAGAAGUGAAAGAGGAAGGAAGAGUGCGUGCUCUGUAGAAGGAGGAAGAUUGCGAGUUUUGUAAUACAAGCUUUUUUAUUUUUAUAUUUUAUUUUGUUUGGCUGGACUGGAAGAAAUGGCGAGGCUGAGCGAGCACGGGAUCCGUCUCAGCUCUGUGCGUAUUCUUAAUGCACGUCUGUAGUCUUGCGAAUGCAUAUUACAGUGUGCUGUGUUACACGUUUUUCUUGUUCGUGUUUUGUGUGCUUGCAGAUGAGCCCAUCGUACCUGGACAGCAACUCCACCAGUCACACGUGGCCGUUCAGUGCCGUCGCAGAGUUAAUAGAUAACGCGUCUGAUCCCGGGGUCACAGCCAAGCAGAUCUGGAUUGAUGCGGUCACUGUAAAAGAGGAGUUGUGUCUUAGCUUUAUCGAUAAUGGCAGUGGGAUGACACCAAGUAAACUGCACAAGAUGCUCAGUUUUGGUUUCACAGAGAAAGGAUCUGGUAAAGGCAGUCACCAGGCCAUAGGGAUCUACGGUAACGGCUUCAAAUCAGGAUCAAUGCGAUUGGGGCGUGAUGCUCUGAUCUUCACUAAGAAUGGAGGAUGUCAAAGUGUUGGCAUGCUCUCUCAGACCUUCCUGCAUGCCAUCAAAGCUCAAGCUGUCAUUGUACCUAUAGCACCAUUCAACCAACAGACUAAGUCUUUGGUAAUAACAGAGGAUUCAGAGGCUAGUCUGAGAGCCAUCCUCACACACUCUCUCUUGAAGUCAGAGUCUGAACUCCAGGAACAGCUCGACUCCAUCCCAGGCAAGAAGGGCACCAAGAUACUCAUCUGGAACAUACGCAGGAACAAAGAUGGGAAGCCCGAAUUUGACUUUGAAGUCGAUGAGGAGGACAUCCGCCUACCAGAGAUCCGAUCUGAGGAGAUGGAGGGGAAAGGGAAGCGGCGUUACUUUGGACCUCACAGAACUGACCAUAUCGUCCCAGAGAUGGAUUACUCUCUCAGAGCAUAUCUCAGCAUUCUGUAUCUGAAACCCAGGAUUCAGAUCAUCCUCAGACAGAAGAAAGUUCAGACCAAACUAGUGGCAAAGAGUCUGUCUAUGAUUGAAAAUGACGUUUACAAACCACAAUUCAUCAAUGAACGAGUGAAGAUUACCUUUGGCUUUAACCAUAAAAACAAAGAUCAUUACGGCAUCAUGAUGUACCAUAACAACAGGCUGAUCAAGUCUUAUGAGAAAGUUGGCUGCCAGAUCAAGUCAUCUGGUCUGAGGUCAGGAGUGGGUGUUAUCGGAGUAAUCGAGUGUAACUUUCUGAAACCAGCUCACAACAAGCAGGACUUUGAGUACACCAAAGAGUACAGGCUCACUCUGGCCGCCCUCGGCAUUAAGCUCAACGAUUACUGGCGUGAGAAAAAGGAAAAGAAAGCCAAAGAAAGAGCAUUCCGUGCUCUGGAGAGAAAAAGCAUUGAAGGGACUACUGAGGAAAAUGAUGAGAGUGAGGAGGAGGAGGAGGAAGAGGAAGAGGAAAAAGAAGAAGAGGAAAUAGUGGAUGUGUCAUGGAUUCAGUGUGAGGACUGUAUGAAGUGGAGGGGCAUUCCCACUCACCUGUUCAAAAACAACAUACCUGAGCACUUCACCUGCAGCCAGCACCCUAUCGGCCGCCUGAGGAGCUGUUUAGUGCCUGAGGAACCCGAGGAGCCGGAGGACGAGCUGACACCUAGCUAUGAGAAAACACACAAAAAACAGGACGUUUGGGGCAAACGAAGAGGAAAAUCUGUGGAUAGUGAUAAAGGCCCAGCCCUUCCUGACUGCAAAGAGGCAUCUGAGCCCACCUCAAAAACCACACCGGAUGAAACUGUUAUUACCAUAGAGGCAGAGACUGAGAGCAAAGCCGACGAAUCCACACCAUCCUCACAUUCCCAUCGCAACAAAAGAAAAGCGACAUGGACGAACAAUGAAAUCGACAGCAAAUCACCAAAACGCACUGACUCUGAAAAAGAGAUAUCAACUACUGCAACAGAGUCAGAGGAACAGGUGAUGGAAAAAACUCUGGAAGUGUUGGAGACAAACAGCAAUAAGGACCAGACCAUGAGCAAUGCUAUGGAAGAGGGUAAAAGUAUUGCAGUGUCUCCUGACACAGAGAGCGCUGCUAACCCGAGUCCUUCAGAGCAGCAAGUGGCACAAGGCCCACAGACUAAAGACCAGCCAAAACUUACCAUUAGCCCCCCAGGCUGGCCUCACCCCAUCGCACCUCAUCCCUCCAUGGCGUGGUCUCACCCUCUGCCACCCGCUCAGACCGUGGUGGUUCCUCCUCUUAGCCGUACCAACAGGCAGUCCCGCCCUUUGCUCCGGCUGGAAAGUCCAGACAGGUCUGUGCUCACUAGCAGACUGGACCAACUGGAGCGGGAAGCCAAACGCCUCAGGAGGAUACUCGGCCUACGAGAAGCGGUUGUUCAAAUGAAUCCAUUAUCAGACGGGGAGGUAUCAGGGUCAGCAGGGACUGCACAGGAUGGGAGCACAGACUCAGGUGUAGAAACUGUGGCAACAGCGUCUUUGGCAUCCAAGAAAUCAGGAUCUCAGCCAGAUCAGCAAACUCUUUUAAAGAGGAACGUCAGUCCUGCCGGACAGCAGGAAGCACCAGUAACCCCUGCAGACGACCUGCACUGGAGUAAGACAUUGGCUAAAUUGCAAAGUCAAAACCAAGCUCUAUGUACAGAGCUGAGUAAAGUGAAGAAGGAAAAUGAUGAACUCCAGAGCAAAGCAAGACAAGCAGAGAGAGAGACACGGGACAGGAGAGAACAAAGCACCAAUACACCCUCCAACAUUUACGAUAGCAUUGCACUGGAUCGAUUACGCUCUAUCCGUAGGAACGUCGUGUCUCUCCUCUCUUCCAUCCUGCCCAAUUUGGAUAUGCAGGGAAUCAGCUAUGACACAGGAGACGUGGACAGCAUUCUGCAGCAGAUCAUCCAGGCCAACAACCUCUGAUAAAUAAGCUCCAGGACAAAUGCACAGUCCAACAAGAAAGUGAUUUCAGUGCAGCAUUUAUACAACCAUAUAGUUGUAAAUGAGCUCCACAGAAAGCAAGCUUAUAUGCAAAAAAUCCUCUGAUCUUGUGCAGUGCUUCUAUCUGAGCUACACAGCAUAGAGCAUGUCUGGGCUAGCCACCUGUACCGAUAACAAGGUUUCUAUAGAGCAUAACGGAGGUCCUGUUCCUGUUACAAAGCCAUCGUAUGUAGACUACCUUAUUCCUUUACAAGCAUUAAUUCAGAACAUACCGCACUGAUAUUAUUCUUACAUAUGAUAUUACGUGUCAUGGUUAACAUUUAAGAAUGUUUGUUCAAGGGUUUCUUCUUAACAAUGUGACUACUUUUUUAUAUAGAUGUGAGGCAGAAGUUUGUCAAAUGACAUGUUCAGGAACCUUGCAUCAUUUCAAUGUAAAUUGUUGAUGUGUCUUUUUUUUAAUGAUGCUGCAGAAUUUGUUUGUUAUAAAAGUAAGUAACGUUGA